CAGUGUUACAAAACACAAACACUGGCCUUUAAAGCGACUGAAUGUGACAGGUCCGGUAGUGAACAUACCAACCUGGAGUAUAACAUUCUUUCGUCCUGAAUUGUUCUUGUAUUAUGCUUUAUAAUGUCUCCUGCAAACGCCACAAUGCAAGACGAGACUGACAUAGAGCCGACCUCUGGGAACUGGUCCUGGUGGCCCUCUUGGAGACCCACAUCCAUGUCCUUAUUGAAAACUGCCGAGGCAAAAAUUAUUGCCUGUAUAAAGAAUAACGUUUGGUCCAGAUUUGUGACUUUGCCAGAUCAAAACAGAAUAUGGACCCUUAAAGUCACCAAUAAGACCGCUCUCAAACAUAAAGACCAAGCCGCCCAGACGCCCCUCGUGAUGGUCCACGGGUUUGGAGGGGGGGUCGGCCUCUGGAUCCGUAACUUGGACGCGUUGUGUCAUUCUCGACCCGUCUACGCCAUUGACCUGCUGGGCUUCGGGCGCAGUUCUCGCCCCUCAUUCCCAUCUGAAGCCUCAUUGGCUGAAGAGCAGUUCGUUAAUUCAAUAGAGCAAUGGAGACAAUCUAUGGGGCUGGAACGCAUGAUCCUAUUGGGCCACAGCCUGGGUGGUUACCUAGCAACGUCCUAUACCAUUCAACAUCCAGAAAGAGUCAGUCACCUGAUCCUGGUGGACGCGUGGGGUUUCCCUGAGAGACCCCAGCCUCAGCCACAGGAGUCAGGAGGUCAAGGGUCAGAGCUGAAAAGGGUAUCGCCACCUCGCUGGGUGAAGGCUCUUGCUUCAGUGUUCAGCCUCUUCAACCCACUAGCCGUCAUCAGAGCAGCUGGACCCUGGGGUCCGGGGCUGGUGAACAGAUUCCGUCCUGACUUCAAGAGGAAGUUUGAGGAUCUGUUUGAUGACGACACCAUGACACAAUACAUUUACCACUGUAACGCCCAGAGCCCGAGUGGUGAGGUGGGUUUCAAAGCCAUGUCUGAGUCUCUGGGCUGGGCCAAAAGACCCAUGGUUCAGCGUGUGAACCUGCUGCCACCAUCGACACCCGUCAGCAUGCUAUACGGAUCGCUCUCCUGGGUGGACAGCUCGACUGGAGACACCGUCGCUCAGAUCAGAGGCAAAAGCUUCACCAGUGUCACGAUGAUUGAAGACGCUUCCCAUCACGUCUACGCCGAUCAGCCCGACGAGUUCAACCGAGUGGUUGAGAAUAUCUGUAACACGGUAGACUGAAUAUGGUCAGACAGGAUGGACACUGAUUUGUGUGUUGGCAUUUCUAUCUUUGAAAGGGGUCUGUCCUGUGUUUGUGGGAUGAUCAGAUUGAUAGAAACAUGUAAAGGCAAAGCUGUUCUCAGACCUUGUCACUUCAUAAUCAAAUCGUAUUGUUUGUGGCCUUUACCGUGAAAAAGCUCAAUGACUGUACUGCAGAAUUUAAUGGAAGCUGGUUGUGUUUGUAUUUUCUAUAUAAAAAUAUUUUAUUCAGAUUUCUUUUUUAGCAUGCACUGAGAAAGUUGUGCUACCUGUGCCAUGAAUGCAUCGACAAUGUUUGGACGGUCAUAUUGACUAAGAGAUGUUUCAUAAUUAUUUCAUUCUGCAUUAUAAACGGUUGUCUGUAUUUUAUAACGUGCAUAUCUCAAUACAAGGCUGUACCUUUAACACAGUGUGUCUGUAUUUGUUUCUCUUUAUUUAUUUUUAAACGUGUUUCUGGAAGCAGUUCUCAUUCCUCUUGUGAUUACAAUUAAGUUACACUAAGUGGUGCUAGAUUCAAAGUUUUGCUUUUGUGGGGUAGAAUAAUGCAGCUGAUUUCAAUGAGCUCAUUGCAGACUAUUUACUGUAUAUUUCCUGCUAUUGUAAAAAUGGCAUGUAAAUCAGUUUGCAGUGUGCAAAAAUAAACAGCUCUAGCAUGA